AUGUCAACAGAGACAGCAGCAGAGACAGAGUCUCGCUUUGCCUACUUACUUCAGCCAAUCAGAGAUCUGGCAGAAAACUGGAGCAUAGAUAUAUCAAGAGAGUUAGAGGACUAUUUAUCGGAGCUGUCCAAGAUCACAUUCACGUUUGAUGGUGUAAAUAAGUCACUCAACUUUGCAGAGGCAGCACUGCUCAUUCAAGGAUCAGCCGUCAUCUACAGUAAGAAGGUGGAGUAUUUAUAUAGUCUACUCUAUCAGACUUUGGAUCUUUUGGCUGACAGAAGAAAGAGAAAGGAACAGAACUCAUCAUUGGACAAGGAUGGAAAUGACCGUGAUGUAAGAUUUGAAGAUGGUCCAGAGUUCCUCCCUUUGGAUAUGGAGGAGGCUGAUGAUAUUGAUUUGAGAGAUGAUAAUAGUGAUGGUGAGGGUGGCACCCAGCCCAAGAACAGAAGAAAGGGUGUCAGAGGACAGAAGGACAAGAGUGAUGGUGAUGCCACUUUGGGCACGAUAUACAGCUCAAACACAAUGGCCAUGUUGACAUCACUCAAUGAUAGGAACAUGGAGUCACUGAACAAUGAGAACAGUGGCAGUGGUGCUGAUGGCGAUACCAAGAAGUAUGACUUCAAGAUGAACACCUGUCAGGUGACCAAGGGUGGCGCCCUACUACUCUCCAAUAUGAUGAAUGAUGAAGAGGCUAUAUUCGGUUCAACACUGUCCAGGUACUCAUCAAUCAACAACAACAAUAAUGACAUUGGAGCCAAUACUGGUGAUGACUUGAAUACCUCAACAUUGGGCAUACACCCGGAUAAAAGAGAUGUCAGUGGACCAAGCGAUAUCGACAUGAUAGGAGGCGGUGGUGGCGAUGGAGGAUAUGAUAGCGACUCGGAUGACAAUGACUGGGGUGGUGGAGGUGAUGGUCCAGACUAUGACAGUGACCGUGAAGGACAUCAGACAACCACCACCACUGGUGACCAAGAUGUUGAUGAUGCUCAACGACAAAGACAGCAGCAACAACAACAACAACAACAACAGAGAGCAGCAAAGAAGGCAGUCAACUUGUGGACACUACUCGAUCCACAUGAGGAGACCACGGAGAAGCCAUUCAAGAAGGGUAGGACCUGGAAGAUACCGAAUGGUUUGAUCGAUUCGGACAAGAAGAAACCAGAAAGGUCAUCCCAGAACGUUGAGGCUGGUCUCCAAUUUGGAUCAAGUGAGCUCAUUGUCUAUGCCACCAAGUCAUUACCAUUGAAGGGUUGCUACUUCAAAGAGCUGACCUAUAUAUACACCAAGUUCAUCAAACAAUCCAGGAGUGACAGAAUAGCAAAGAACCGUAUUGAGGUGGAGCAACCCAAUGGUGAUAUUCCAGAUUCUAUUCCAACUGGCAGAGAAGACGACGAGGACUCUUAUAUGGAUAUGGGUGGAGGUGGAUAUGACUUUGAUGACAGUGACGACGAUGAUGGUUAUGACGUUGGAGCAGUGGAUGGUGAUGGGGAGACCCCUUGUGAACCACCUAACACAACAAGCUGGGAUCCAUCGGUUCUGGAAGGACAAAACAUUGGCAAGAGACCAGACACAUCGUCUAGCAACAAUAUCAACCGUACCGACCAUGAGGAGGAGACAUAUGAGUCAAUGUGCCAGAAGUAUGUCAACGAAUAUAUGUCUGGCGCCGAGCGCUACCUGCAAGAGACAAAGCUGAUGCAGCGCCUCAAUGAUUGGAACCAGCGCAUCACACCAUAUCUGGACGAGCAGAACCAUCGACCCUCAUUUGACAUUGAGAUCUACAGUACACGCAUCAUUGAGGACCUGGCCAGCAUUGUCAAGACGCGCUGCAACCUAGACGAAGAUGAUCCCCUCGAAGACGACAAGAUUGACAAGGACAUGGUGAUCUCCUUCCAGGAUCUGAUGGUGGACGUCAAGCCAUACGAUGUCUGUCGCCGCUUUGCCAGUUGUUUGCAGUUGGCCAACAAUGGCAACGUGGAGAUAGUGGCGUUGAGCAAGAAGAAGGAGGUCAAUGAUCUAAGCUUCCAUCUGUUGUCCACAAAGCCCAAGUACGACAUGGAGAAUGCCAACCUGCUUCCUGGUCAAUUUGCACCGCCACCAUCAUUCUCUGAUGAUGAGCUCGACACCAAGACCAUCACAAAGGCCAAGAAGACUGUCAUAUCCAAGCCAACACAGAAGAAGGAGCAACAAGGGCAGAAGGCCAAGACUACCACCAAAAAGGCGACCAAAGCCAAGAAGAAACCUGCUGCUACAAAGAAGAAGCGAGGCAAGAAGGACAGCGAGAGCGAGAGUGAGAGUGAGAGCGAGAGUGAAAGUGAGAGCAUGAGCGAGAGUGAAGCGGAUUCAAGAGACUCUGAUCCAGAGCCAGCAACAACAACAACAACAAAAAGAGGUGGUGGCGGUGGCGGUGGCGGCCAAUCCAAGAGAUUGAAUGGUCGAUCAAAGUAA